GAGUUUCGUUUCCAGCAAAGCGAAGAGAAAGCUGUAAAAUGAAACUGUUGCUGGGAACUGUUUCUGUGGCGCUGAUGUUUACAGUGGGGUGAAGUACAACAAACGCUCGACCCUCUGUUGGUUUAGUGACCGUCCUGAGACCCUGAAGAAGAGCAGAAGGCUGCACUGAUGUCUGCUGGGAUCUGCUAUUGCUUUUCUAGACUUACUCUAGUGAAUCACUUAUUUGGUGCUCUACUGGAUUGAGAUCUGGUGACCGUGGAGGCCAUUUGAGUACAGUGAACUCAUCGUCACGUUCAAGAAACCAGUUUGAGAUGAUUUGAGCUUUGCGACAUGGUGCGUUAACCUGCUGGAGGCAGGUAUCAGAAGAUGGGUACACUGUUGUCAUUAAGAAAUGGACAUGGUCAGCAACAACACUCAGGGAUGAGAGGCCUCUCCAAUUAUUGUCUAUCAUGCUGUGUGAACAGCUUGCUGCAGACUUUCUCUGCUACCUGGGAAAUAGCAGAACUGCUAGAAAGGUGGGAUGCAGCUGGUGCGAAAGGAGAUGCUCGUAAUGUCGCGCUGCAUCUAAAGAGAGUUCUUGAGGCCAUGCGGGGUGACCUUCCUCAGCCCGCUCCACAUCGUGACUUCCUCCACUGUCUGGACCAAAACAGCUUUCGACUUAAUGUGCAGCAUGACGCAGAUGAGGUGUUCCUCUCGAUUCUCAACUUCAUUCACCAGCAGAUGGACAACAAAGUUCUGGCUGGGGAAAUUCAGGAUCUGUACAAGAUUUCAGUGGAGACGAACCUGCAGUGUUUAAAGUGCAACUCCGUCCAAACCGAAACCAGCUACAUGCUCAGCCUGCCGCUUUAUGUAAAGGAGGAUGACAACUCUCUGGAAGGCUGCAUGAACUCCUUCUUCGAGCAUCAGGAGCUCAGGGGCAUAAACUCCUGCUUCUGUGCACACUGUGGAACUAAGAACCCAUCCAGACAGGGUGUCAAACUCCUGUCACUGCCUCGUAUCUUGUGCAUGAACCUGAAGCGAUUUCGGAACAGCCGCGGUUCCACCCGCAAACUUGACUGCAGGGUUUCUUUCCCAGAAACCUUUGAUUUCUCCCAGAGUCUCCAACAUGUGUUCUCCGGAAACUUUGCACAGAAUGAGUGCAGGUACACCUUGUACGCAGUGGUCGUGCACUGUGGUUAUGCAAUGUUUGGGCACUAUACUGCUUACGUCCGCCACAGGGAGAACAAGUGCUGGUACUAUGCAGAUGAUAGCCACGUACAGCAGACUACCUGGGAAGAAGUGCAGAGAACAUAUGGAGGAAGACAGAGUCGAACGGCGUACAUGUUAAUGUACAGAAGAGAUUCAGAAGAAUGGAGGCCACGGCCUGAACUUUCUGGCUGAGUGGAUGGGUGCUAAGAAAUCAGUGGACAUGGUGCAAUAAAAUAUGGAAUGCAUUGAUUUUAUGGAAGUAUUUUCAUGGGAAUUUCUGACCUAUUUCUACAAUGUGAAAGGUUUUAUAGUCUAUAUUCUUUUCUGAUCUCACUGAGCUCAACCAGCAAAUGAAUUUCUUUUAACCAGUAGGUGGCGUUGAAGACUUUAUACAGGAAAGGGUUUUCCAUCUCAGACCACACACACUGUGAACACACUCACUGGUAUUGGGGGGUUGGUCUGAAGUGAAUGCUUAGCUGAGAUAUUUGCUGUUUGGGGAAAUACCUGCAUUGAGAUCUGGUGUGCAUUUUCCUGAUAGAGCUGUUUAUGAGUCAUUCUUGAAGAACACUCAAUGCAUUUUUUUUUUCUCAUUUGGGCGACACAAUCAUCUUUUAUUUUAUGUAUUCUGUCUAUUUAACCACUAUUAAAACUAUCCUUGGGUAUUAAACCUCC